UAAACCUGAUAGUUUCUCCCUAUCACACACACAGUCCAUGAUCUAUAGCUAAAAUGGCAGGAAUAAGGUUACUUCCAGAAGAAGCGGACCUGAGUCAACAGCAAAGCCGAGGAGGUGCUGCAGGUGGCGAUCUGGUAUCGGACGAUGAGAGGUCGGUGGCGGCAGACUCAUGGUCUAUAAAGAGUGACUACGGAAGUACUCUCGAUGAUGACCAGCGCCACGCCGAUGCUGCCGAGGCUCUCUCCUCCGCUACCAACUUCCGUACUGCUUCCGAUUACAAUUCAGACAAGGAGGAACCGGAUGGUGAAGGAGUAACAUCAAUGUUAGGUCUCCAGAGUUACUGGGAUUCUGCAUAUGCCGAUGAGUUGGCAAACUUUCGUGAGCAUGGCCAUGCUGGUGAAAUAUGGUUUGGGUCUGAUGUCAUGGAUGUUGUUGUUUCUUGGACCAAGAGCUUGUGCAUCAGGAUUUCACAGGAUCACAUUUCGAAUCAUGUUGAUAUUGAACAGGAUGAUAAAUGUUUGCCUUACUGGAGUGUACUUGACCUUGGAACUGGCAAUGGUUUGCUCCUUCAAGAACUUGCUAAGCAGGGGUUCUCUGAUUUAACUGGUGCGGAUUAUAGUGAAGGGGCGAUCGACCUUGCUAGGAAGCUUGCUGACCGUGAUGGUUUUUCCAAUAUCAAUUUUUUGGUUGAUGAUAUCCUGGAGACGAAGUUAGAAAGACAGUUCAAGCUUGUCAUGGAUAAAGGAACUUUAGAUGCUAUUGGAUUGCAUCCCGAUGGCCCUAUCAAAAGGAUCAUGUACUGGGACUCUGUUUCAAAGCUGGUUGCAUCUGGCGGUAUUUUGGUGAUCACAUCUUGUAACAAUACAAAGGACGAACUGGUACAAGAGGUAGAAAAUUUCAACCAUAGGACUAAUGUGUCUCAAGGAUCAGAAAUAUCAAAGGACCAAGCGUCUGGAGAUCAUCCUAUAUUCCAAUAUUUCGAUCAUGUUCAAACAUAUCCCACAUUCAUGUUUGGUGGAGCUGUAGGAUCGCGGGUCGCCACUGUGGCCUUCCUUCGGAGCUAAACACUAGAUCUAUCCUUGACGGAAUCGAAUGGUUAGGUUUUUUUUUCCCCCUCUAGAAUAUGUUUCUAAGGUGUUUAUGUCUCUACAUGAUGGAUGUCUCUUCUUCAGAAUAACUUAUUAUUGUGUUUGAGAAUGAAGUGUCUUAACAAAUUAGUGAUAUUUUAACAAAACUUCAUGAUUUGAUUGAACUUUCAACUUUACAAACAAUGCUGAAGCUGUUGAAUUUUGUCAAUGUCAAAUUUUGGUUUUAUAAUUUA